GUUUUAUUUGAAGAAUUGUUCCGAAUCACAUCAGAGUACGGCCUAAAUCUUCAACCCGAAAGAAUUAUCAGCGAUUUUGAAAUGGGACUGAUAUCGGCGGUAAGAAAUUGUUUCCCGAACACUGAUUUGCGUGGCUGCUUCUUCCACUUCAGUCAAAUAAUCUGGAGAAAAGUUCAAAAAGAAAGACUGGUUAAAAAAUAUGGAAACUCUGAGAUAUUUUCGUUACAACUUCGAAUGCUGAAAAGCCUAGCUUUUGUUCCGUCCGAUGAAAUCUCGGAAUACUACAACAGUCUUUGUAGUAUUUUUGAUGAUUAUGGCAUGCUAAAAAUCGCAAAUUGGUUUGUAAAGAACUACAUUGGUAAAUUUGAUGAACCACCAACACAUCAUCCGUCAUUUUGGUCAGUGCAUAGCAAUGUAGAAAUGUAGUAAAUGUUGUGACCAAUGUAGUGUAGAAGCUUGGCAUCGGCGACUUAAUGUCAUUGUAGGGGGAAAAAAUUGCGGUAUUUACCAACUUAUAGCUAAUUUG